CUCGGUACGUCGAAUUGGUGAGAAUCGGGGCUCAAUUCGAGGGCGGACCCGCACAGGGAGUGUUCUGUCCAGGAAUUGCCCUCUCCGCGACUGGGACUUCGAGACGAUGGCGUCUCCAGAGCACAAGGGCCCCGCCGGCCACAAUGCCUCCGCGCAAGAGGGCGUGGCUGCUAACCCCGAUCCCGUUCUCGACUUCGCGAACGAGCACCGUCACGAACAUGUGCACCACGGUGGCCCGGCUGCAGACCAUGCCAACCACCCGGAUGAGGUCAUGUACUCGGCAACUGUACCAGACAAGAGCAUGGACAAGCCCCGCGACUACGCCGCCGCCGAGAAGUCGGUCACCGACGAGGAUAGCGGAAACGUGGGCCACAUCCGCAGCAGCAGGGACGGUAGCGCGAAGGGCUUCAUCAAAUACUACUACCGGAAAUUUAGGCUCGUUGUCCACCUCGCCAUCUGGGCCGUCUUCACAGCGUGGUGGAUCUACGGCCUCGUCCGCUUCCGGAAUGAGAAGAACUGGCUGAUCCCGUUCUUGGUGUAUCUGGCCAUCACCCUUCGCAUCGUCUUCCUCUGGAUCCCCAUCAAGUACGCCAUGAUGCCUGUCAAGUUAGUAUGGCGUCACACGGCCUUCAAGGCCUACGAGAUGACCCCGAAGAAGCUUCACCACCCGAUCGCUGCUGCCGUCACCGUCGCCGUCUUCCUGAUCGGCUCCAUGGUGCCCGAGGAGACGGGCGAGAACACCCGCGCCAGCCGAGCCCAGUCUCUCUUCGGCCUCGUCGUCAUGAUCGCUGUCCUCACCGUGACGUCCAGGAAUUGGAGGAAGAUCCCUUGGCAUACCGUCAUAGGUGGGAUGCUCACCCAGUUUAUCGUCGCCGUUUUCGUCUUGCGAACACAGGCCGGAUACGACAUCUUCUACUUCAUUUCCGAGCUAGCCCAAAGUCUUCUGGGCUUCGCCGACGAGGGAGUCAUAUUUCUCACGGACCCCUCGGUGCCCGAGCUACCCUGGUUCUUCACUGGUGUCAUACCGCCCAUCAUCUUCUUUGUCGCCUUCGUCUCCCUGCUGUAUCACGUCGGUCUUAUCCAGUGGUUCAUCGGCAAGUUUGCCGUCUUCUUCUUCUGGGGUCUCAAGGUGUCGGGUGCGGAGGCCGUCGUCGCCGCCGCGACGCCCUUCAUCGGACAGGGAGAGUCGGCCAUGCUCGUGCGCCCGUUCGUACCGCACAUGACCAUGGCCGAGAUCCACCAGGUCAUGACGUGCGGUUUUGCCACCAUCGCUGGCUCCGUUCUGAUCGUGUACAUUGGGUUCGGUCUGAAUGCGCAGGCGCUUGUGUCGUCUUGCAUCAUGUCCAUCCCGGCGUCCCUAGCCGUGUCCAAGAUGCGGUAUCCGGAGACCGAGGAGACGCUGACGUCGGGACGCGUCGUCAUCCCUGACGACGAGGAGCACAGGGCGGCAAACGCGCUCCACGCCUUUGCCAACGGCGCCUGGCUCGGCCUGAAGAUCUCGGGGAUGAUCGUGGCCACGCUGCUCUGCAUCAUCGCGUUCGUCGGCCUGAUCAACGGCCUCCUCACGUGGUGGGGCGGCUAUUGGGGUAUCAACGACCCUCCGUUGAGGCUCGAGCUGAUCCUUGGCUACAUAUUCUACCCCCUAGCCUGGCUGCUCGGCGUGCCCAAUCAGAACCUCUUGCAGGUCGGCGAGCUCAUCGGGCAGAAGAUUGUCAUCAAUGAGUUCGCCGCGUUCCGCUCCCUCCAAAACGUCGAGCGAUACCAGGACAUGACCGACCGGGCCCGGCUUAUCGCUACCUAUGCUUGUUGUGGCUUUGGCAAUCUCGGUUCUCUCGGGACCCAGAUCGGUGUCCUGUCGCAGAUCGCCCCCGGCCGCGCUGGAGAUGUCUCCAAGGUUGCCUUCUCAGCUUUGAUUUCAGGCGUCAUCUCGACGCUGACGUCCGCCAGCGUUGCCGGCAUGCUGUAUACUAACACGAUAGGUACUGCUAUCGUCUAGGAGGCCCGACAGGGACGAUAUGUUAGUCGAAUACUCAAAGGUCACAUAGUAGACAAGCGUAGUGCUAAAUCCGUGAAUGAGGUGCCCCCAGAUAGAAUAUCUAGUAAUGCCCGGAUAUAACUACACGCGGGUGGACUCGAGUCGAGUUGACGUAGUAGCGUAUAAUCAAGUUAUAUUACAUCUAAAGUCCGAGUUGUGGCCCGUCAUGACCUCGUCCCUG